UAUAAAUACAAUGCUACUCAACUAUUCAACACUCGGAGAGAGAGAGAGAGAGAGAGAGAAGAAAUCUGGUGACCUGUUUCUUAGCUGGAGUAUAAUGGCAGCGCCCUUUAAACGAAACAAUCCAUUUGAUCACCCUUUCUUUGAUUCAUCUUAUUUAUUUGCGGCUGUACGCGCUAGACGGAUUUCCGAGAAAUUGAACCCUGGUUUUAACUUUCUGAAAAACCCUAUUACUACUACCCCCAGUGAAAAAGCUAGUGGUGACCUCAUUCGUAAAAUGUUGUUAUUUCGAAAAGAAGAUCCAUAUGAGCACCCAUCGUUCACUGAUCCUGCUAUAACCCACAAAGAAUUACACUAUGAAGGGAACCAGAGCUUCAGCUUCCAAAGUGAUGCACCUGGUGGACCCGAAGGAAUCUGCCACACUUCUUCUAUGGCUAGGGGUGCUAGCACCUGUGAUGGAGUGGAUCUAUUAGAGAUAAAAGAAGAAGGAGAUAAGACAAUGAGUCAACCACUGCAAAAUCUAUGUGACUUGUAUCCUCACUUGCGUAAAACAGCAGUGUUCCUUCAAGAAAUGUUAGAAAGCAAUCCAUUUGAUGACCCAUUCUUCACUAUUCGUCAUUUUUUUUAAAUCCUGCUUCACGUCAUUAUCACCAAUUUGAUGGAAAAUCUAGUUCUGAGCGGCAGUUGAAGGAAAUAGCUGUUGAAGAAUUGCACUCUGAUGAUAACUCUCAGAAGCAUUCAUUCUCAGUUGAUAAACCAAUUAUUACUUCCCCCGGUGAAAAUGAUUGUGGUAACCAGACCUUCAGCCUCCAAAGUGUCGCACCUGGUGGACCUGAAGGGAUGUAUCACACUUCUUCUAUAGCUAGGGGUAGCACU